AAUUCCGUCAUUCCGAGCGUUCCGGGAGUUCCGAGAGGUGCUGCGGUGUCUGAGCCCAGAGCUUCGGUACCGAACCCUCCGGCGGGAAGUACCAGUUACCCCGGUAGUUGGGGAGCCCAAAUACCCAACCCAUUGCCCGGCGGGACCUCGUCCGGUACCAACGGCGGAUGUUCUGCCCCAGUUCGGGGCUCCUGUCCGACUGUUAGAAAGUUACGGGAACUGGGGCCCCAGGAAUGGAGAAUCCAUUGGAUGUUUUGUCUCGGGCAGCGUCAUUGGUUCACGCAGAUGAUGAGAAACGGGAAGCGGCGUUACGGAGUGACCCCAGGGUGCAGCCCCUCCCCAUGACCUCUGCUCUGUCCAUUCCCCGGACAGCCCCACCCCCCAUCAGCCCCAGCAAACGAAAGCUCAGCAUGGACCAAGGAGACGAGGAGCUAGAAUGUGACAACGACCAUGUCUCCAAAAUGAGUCGGAUGUUUCCUCCGCACUUAACCAAGAGCCUUAACGGCGACUACCGGAAAGAGCACAGAGACCGGAGCCGGAGCCCCAUAGAAAGAGCAGCGGCACCGACCAUGAGUCUCCACGCCAGCCACUUGUAUGGGAUCCCACCCCUGGCGGUGGAUCAGCCGCUGGCACUUACCAAAAACAGCAUGGAUGCUUCGCGAAGCAUGGGAAUCGUGCCCACCAUGGAACGGCAACAGAACCGACCUUCUGUGAUUACGUGUGCACCGGCGAGUAACCGCAACUGCAGUCUGUCUCACUGCCCCGUCACCCACAGCGGGGGUGUCUCUGCCGUGCCCGGCAGCUUCCGGCGGCCAUCAAACACCACGACCGCCUGUGACCCUGUGGUGGAAGAGCACUUUCGCAGAAGUCUCGGCAAGAACUACAAGGAGCCGGAGCCCGUGGCCAAUUCUGUGUCCAUCACCGGUUCUGUCGAUGACCAUUUUGCCAAGGCACUUGGAGAAACCUGGCUCCAGAUUAAAGCUGCCAAGGAUGGUGGGCCCAGUAGCCCUGAAUCUGCCUCGCGAAGAGGGCAAUCAUCCCCUUCGGCUCACAUGAUGAACCACAAUCACUCCCCAUCUGUCCUUUCCUAGACAGACCUCUGUAGAAGCACCAUCGAAGAGCGAGUGCAUGAUAUGACUGAGUUCCAGACCAGCGUCGGGGGAGGCACGUCGAGUUGGGCUUUUUUAUAACUUGUAUACUUAACCUGGCGCUUCUCCAAUGCCUUUACCCUCUAGCAGGAACAGUUGUUUUCUAAUGUUCUAUGGCAUCUGCCUCUGUUACCAAAGAAACCUCCACUGCAAAUCUGCCACAAAUCAACCAAGCGACACCGUUGCAAAAGUGGUGCGAUCCGACACUCUUCCCCCUCCUUUGCCGGCAUUCGUCGCCUGCUUAUUGGCGUCGUCCCCUUUCUCUAGUUGAGUUACGUUGUUUGUAUUUACUUGAAAAGUAUCAUUAAGUCUUGAUUUGCACUAUAGAGGGCGAGGACGGGGUUUGCCUGCCCGACGUUUCACGAGACGCGAAUAUUUAGAAAGGAAACCGCUUGAAAUAGAAAGGAAGGGGGUUAUGAGGGCCGUGACUCUCCAUCUAGAAAGGGCAGAAAUCUAGAGAAUCUAGAACCGUUGUACUUCUCUUCUUUUUUCCAAUCUUCUCUCGCGCAACUGGACUGCAGAUCUUCUCGGAGACUGGCAUUGUGUGCUGUUUUGGUCGGAUGGGAUCGCUCUGCAUUCUUUAUGGGAAAAUAAAAUAGCUGGUAUCUAUUCUACACUUAUUAACCUCCUCGGCUCCUGGACAUAACUUACUGCUGGCACAGUUUAACUUUGGAUAAGAUUUUAGUUUGGUCGCCACCGUUUUCUCGUGGUGACCAGGCCGAGCCUCCGGAUAGGCCAAUCCUAAUCAGUUUCUUAAUCUAUGAAUAUGUGUGGUACAGGACGCUUGGGCGUUCGUCUGGGUAAGCGAUGACUUUAUGUGCCCUUUGCGUGCGCUUAGUGAGCUUUGUGGCUUGUGAGUGGAACCAUAUCUAACGGGCUGAAUCUCUGUUACAUGUCAGACUGGGCUGCUGUUUCAUGCCAUUAUUAAUUUUAUUUAACCCUAUGUGGAAGCCCGAGCCAAGGGUGUGUACAUUCCACUUGUUAGACCCCUGCCCGUAGGAGACGUGACUCCAUAUGCAAUAAUUCCUAAGUUAAAGGCAAAGUAGACCUGGUUCAUUGCUUGGCUUUCUAGAAACUAGUCCUUGUGUGCAGUGUAACAUUCCAGCGUCCCAGUGUUGGGGACUCGAGCGCAUUCUAUACCACUGGCUUUAUGUUAUGGGCGCAGGUAUGCGUGGGCAGUAAUGUUGUGCUGCAAAAUGCGUUGUGUCGGCACAUUGGCAGAAAGAGUCUGAGACUCGCUCGUUAGGCGAUGAACCAAGAAUGGGUCUCGGGGGUUAAACACAUUUCACGAUCCUCAUUCUCGUUAACGCUUGGCAUCUACCCCCUACUUCCCCGUAGGGCACACUUUUUUUUAUAUAAAGGUAACUAUCAGACCAUCAUUACGCUGUGCGUAAAGUAUGUACAGAGAAAUUUGUAGGUUUUUUUCUUUUUUUUUCCUUUUGAAGAACAAUUAAUUUGUUAAUGAUAUGUAGCUAUUUAAUUGUUUGCCUUUCUCUUAUUGUAAUCAUUAAUUUUUUGUUCUUUUUUUUGUUUGGAGAGAAAAAGUUGAUCUUUUUUUGUGUAGAUUUUUUGUGUAUUUGUGAUACCGUAAAAGUGCAGGAACACAGUUAUUCUAAUGGAAACACUGCGUUAGGAUUCCCAGCCGCUCGUGCAUAGUAGUGCCGCAGGCUACUGAACGUGGGGGUCACUCGUGCCGCAAAUGGGAACUGUGGAAAAAACGGGACUUUCUCAAAUCAAAUUCAUGUUUUUGGGGGGUUUUGUAUAGAAACGGAUGUGGUGUUUUGUACUUUCCUAGUAACCUUAUUAAGUGGCCUAUCUGAGAUAGGCAACUCCCCGCAGGCCAAUAGGCACAAGCGACACAAUCGGAACAUGAUACGGAACAGGCACCAUCCCUUGGACUGGUCGUUAUGGUGCCUGGGAACCCAACUCACUGUACAGACGUGGGCAGACCCUUUAUGCCUAUUGUUGUAUUGUGUGAUGCAAUAGGCCGCCCUGUACUGUGGGGAAGGAACUGACGGGAUAUGACAUAGUGACGACAUCAUUUAGAGAACAAAAGCAAUUGGGAAUUUUGCCAAUUGAAAACCAGGAAGGGGUGGGGGGCAUCCCCUCUUUUUAUUGUUAAAGAGCUGCUUUAGGGCACGGAGCUGUUAUUUAAAAAAGGUUUUGGUGCAAAACCGGGGAAUGUUUCCUACCCCCCCCCCCCCCCCCUGGGGUAAUGAGCAGUUGCUCUGUGCCUUCUGUUUCCGGGGGGUCCAGUUAGCGAUGCCCCCCCAGCAGCAGGACAGAUUUGGUUAUGGCUGAUUAAUUCCAGUGCGUGUCCCCAGACUUCCAUUUCCUGGGGGACCCCUCCUGGUCCUGAUAACCCCCCACUCCCACCCACGGGUGGGUUCCGUUUAUUCUCUGUGCCGCUGAACAAGAGAAGAGCGGCCAUUGGCCCACAGGAUAAUCAUUUCUACUUGAAGGGCGGCAGAGAAACUCGUCUGAUUUCCCCACAGAGGAACAAACUGCAUGACUUUUACUUUUUUUCAAAUAUUUCCCAUGUUUGUAAAUCUGUAAAAUAGCGUUUCUGUUGUGGCCUCGAUUUGACUGAAACUUAAGAGAAAAAAAGGUUUGGCCGGGCCAUUUCUUUUUUUGUUUUUUUUGUACUUAAAGUAUAAAAGUAGCCUUAAGAACAAUAAAGUGCUCUUAAACCACU